AUGAGAGUUCUAAACAAAAAUUCUAAGAUGGAGGACAAAUCAGAGGUGUGUAAACAGUAAAGUAGUGAAAUUGCAGAUACUGUAAUUCAUACGACUUAAUGAUAAGCGUAUUUUAUAAAAUAUUUUAUUGUUAAACAAUGUGGUAAGCCCAAGCUUAAAAUUUUUUCUCUGCACCCUUUUAAGACGUCAAGAAAACGGAAGAGGGCGAAAGAAGAAACUUCCGAUGUGCAUAUUCCUGGUAUGUUGAGAUAAAAAAAUAUAACUUAAAUGUCAUGCUACUUUUUCAGUUACUAGUGGGUGAAGUUUGGUUUAAAAUAAGCUUGUGGUCUUUGUAACUAGAUUCUUUUUUUUUGUUGUUGUUGUUUUUAUCUUUGGUAAAACUUCCGUAAAACUCCAUACAUUUAUUAUGCAUGCAGCAAUUUCAUGCUGUUUCUCGCAAUGAGUUAAUAUGAAGAGAGUCAAAAUGAGUAUGUAUAAUAAAUGUAUGGGGCUGUGGGGAAAUCUUAAGUUUUCUUCUUUUUUUGCAUGUGCAUGAUUUGUAAUGAAAAGAGUAGAAAAAAAGAAUUUUAAAAUAGCUUCGCUCAAGCACCAAUACUUUUUAUAUCGCUACAGUAGUAUGCUCACUCUGAUUGCCUGCUAAUUGGGCAAGUUUUUUUUAGUAGCCAGGUGUCCAAGGCAUACAUAAUUUGUGUUUAACUUGAUAGUGGACAUCAAUUUUAUAGUCAGUUGAGAUCUCUUAUACUAGAGGUAAUCAAUGAUGAUUGAUGAUGGAUCCAUGUUCAUCACUACCUUACGGAAACGAAAUUGAGACAAAAGAAGUCCAGUUUCCCGGCCGAGAUGUCCUUGAUAAAAUUAAUAGGUGCAGUUAAUUUGCAGUCGCCCGUGAUAGCUCGAAAAUUUCUGCCUUAGUGCCACAGGAACACCAGAUUAGGAUGCGUUUGGCCAAAAAGCGAAAAGGGUAUCCACCGACCAGUGUCACAUGACCAUAUCACAGGCUCUAGUGUACAACUCAUUGAGGUGAUGUGUUUUUUUUCCCAACCCCUCCCCAUCCCACAAACAACAUUAGACUCAUUUAUCCAGAAUUUUUCCCUAGUUUCAACUUUGAAUAGGGUGGGGGAGGGGGAACUGCAAGAUAUUUUCUAAAAGGUUGCACUGUUUUGUGAGGGCAACCAGGAGCUACAGAAACUUUAUGACUGCUGCAUUACUGUCCCAAGGACUUUUGUCUAGGAUUGUAGCUUCAUUUGACAAACAUCCUGCUUACUGCUAGGAUUCAAUGUCAACAUAUGUGCUGAUGAACAAUGGUGGAAAUGUGAUAGUGAAUCUUAAGCCUGGUGAUUAAAAUAAUGAGAAACAUGUAUUUUUUAGUCAGCGACACAGGCAGCCCAAAAGAACAAAAUCUGAGUCUGACUCCCUACAGGAGUUGAACCGAUGACUUUCUGGUUGUCUCCCAACCAAGUUCCCUGAUUGGGACUUGUCUCCCUCUUCCAAAUUUGGGAUUUUUGUGGGUAUUCUUUAAAUACCCUAAAAUAUCCAAAAAUGGGAAUCUGUUAUUUUUUCCUGUGAUGUUAACAUAGGAAAGAAAAGAAAGAAGAAAGGGAAGAGUGCAAAGAGAAAAGAAAAAAGAAGGAGGAUAGCAGAGGCAAGAAAGGUUUGCAAACAGUUAUUGGUAUUUUAUAUAAUCAUGCAUCUGUUAUUUUUACAAGAUUUACUGAAGAAAAUUGCAGACGUAAGGGUAAUAUUAAAUUAUUGUUGUAGGUAAAGUCUGUUCUCAUGUUUAACCAGUGUAAUAUUCAACCUACAAUCGGCGACAAAAUAUUAUUGUUGAGACAUUGUACUCAAAUUGGGUAACUUCAGAGAACAAAAAAGUCCACACCCCUCCCCUGCCCCUCUAUUCAAAGUUGGGGUGUUUGUUGUUUUCUGUUGGUAGCACAAACAUCGGCACAACAUUGCAUGGAGGGGAUGGGGGAGGAAAAGCUGUAUUUCCUCCUUUUGAAGUCAGUGUAACAUACAAAAAGCCCAGUUUAGGGUGAAGUGUCUCAACUCAUUUUGUCGCCAGUUGUAGGUUUUAAGGUUAGUAGUCUGUGAAUACAGUGGUCUCUCCUGGCUCCUUGCCACUAGGACAUCUUGCAAGGAAAAAAAUCUUCACCUCAACAAGAGAAAUUCCAUGCUGAUGAUGUUAAUCAAUGUUUUUUUUUUCAUUGUUUUCCAGUUAUUUUAAAUUUGUUCCAAUUUAAUUUCUCCUGGUCCAUUGAUGCUAAAUGGGAGUGCAAGAAAAUAAAUUUCAAAUUUCACAGGAAUUGCGAAAACACAGGUAAAAUCGUCAUGCAUAAGAUUUGAUUUUGUGAAAUUUGAAGCAUUUGAAGUUUGUUUUCUUGGCCUCCCAUAAGAACCUUUUCUUUGGAGUUAUUUCAUAAAACUUAUUACAUUUAUAGCCCUCGAAAAGAGUAAAAAAGAGUGCAAUCUGCUUGGUUUUAGUCCACUGAAGGUUGAAAUUACUCAAAGAGUAAUGGAUUUCGUCUCAAACUUUCUUUCAGCAAAAGGUCAAUCAUGGGCAAGAGGAUCUUUUCACAGCUGAAAAUAGCCAGCUCCAGCCAACAGUCAACCCUUAUACAGAACAUCUUUUCCAAGCAGGAAAUGUCCAUCAUGCCCGCUCACCAGUAAAGAUCUCAAGCAUACCAGAGCUUAUUUUAUUUGCAUUAACACCCGAUGAUGCAGUUGUCCCUGAUUGGUGUGAUAUCAUGAAUGUUAGAAGCAUACAGAAAGUUGUUAUUGUCCUUGUUAGCGGCAUUGGAGCUGUGGAAUUUAAUAAACACCAAGAGCACUUUUCCCAGUGUAACACACUCUUUGAAAAGGUAAUCUCUUGCUGACUCUCCUUUAUAUGAUUAUAAUUUCUUCAAAUCAGAUCUAUACCAUAAAUGACCUAUAAAUACCCAGGGCUUCUAUUUAAGUUUAGGGGUCCAAGACGGGUGUUUGAUGUGGAUAGGAGGCGUUACAAAAAAAGGGAGAGGCAUUUAUUCUUAUAACAGUACUGUAACAAGCUCAACAAAACUAAUAUGCUUUCAGCAAAAAAAUUGAGAGAGUUUAGAAAUAGCAGAAUAUCCACUCCUUUAAUUGAUACGUCUAGGCCAUCUAGAGAUCCAUAUCGCUCUUUCAAAUCCCAACCUCAAGGUCAGAAUUCUCACCCUGGGUUAUUGUACUGCCAUCAUUAGUCUAUCCUUACUUUGAACUUGACAUUCAUGAACAAGAUGAAAUACACAAACUCUCAGGAUAAUCAAGCAAGAAACUGAAUGAAUUGAAUGAUUUUGCUUCUUUUUGCUAUUAAAUUCCUAGUAUUUUGAAGCAAUUCUUAUAGGGGGCGUGUAUUAGAAGGGGUGUUUAUUAGAACGGGGUGUCUAAUACAUUUUUAACAGUGCAUGGAGGAGGCGUUUUUUUGCAAGUGGGUGUUUAUUGCAUCAUUUACAGUAGAUAUACACUUCUUAAUAGUUAAAACUACUAUACUAGUAAAUAAUAUGCUGAUCAGUAGAGAAAAGGAUGUAUUAUUUAAAUAUUGAUGAUUUUGCCCUUUAAGUAAUUUCCAAUUAUUUUUUCAUAUGUAAAUUUAGUUCUAUAAAUUCUUAUCAGUAAGGACUGCAAGAGAAAUAUGUUUCACUUAAUUUAGUGGAGAUUUAAGCAAAACAAAUAUGCUAAUAAUUCUUCCAUUGGUUCUUUCUUCCAACAAUGUUUUACAUAGCUAACUUUGUUCUUGGGACAAAGGGUGGCAUAAUGGUGAGAGGACUUGACUCCCACAAAUGUACCUUGGUCAGAAUCCCAGAAGCAACACCAUACACUUUAUGUGGGCUGAGAUUUUCCUCUGGGUACUCCAGUUUUCCCCUGUAGUGUUCAACCUGAUAAUAUACAACUACAAGUAUAUUGAACGGCUUCAAAAACUCUGAUAUAGGUCAACUCAUUCUUGCAAUUACUGUAAAAUUAUUUAGAUUUGGGGUUAUUUUGGUCUAAAAAAUUGACGUAAAGUUAAGCUUUAUCAGAUAUAAAGACACUCAUUAUUAAAACAUUAAGUUUUUUUGUUUUUUUCUUUAUGAAUAUUAAUAAGAUGUGAUAUAUUUUUUAUUUAUUAUAUAAAACUGUGAUAAUGAAGCCAUACCGGGUACGGAUUUUGUGUCUCUUAAAUGGACUCCUUUUUAAAAGGGGCUUCCUUGUAAGGAAAGUUUGAUAAUGCAUUUACAUUGUUAAAAUAUCGUUUUCAUUCUUUAAGUUCUUUUUUUUUCAGUGUGUGGCAACUUUCGCCUCAGGUCCAGAUAUUUCCGUACGGCUACCUCCGGAAAGUUUAUUAUCCGUAGACAUUUCAAAACAAGAGAAAAAGAGGAGGAAACACGCUAAACAGAAUGGUAAGAGUAUUCAUAUCCAGUGUGAGCAAAUAUUGCCGCCGACACAUUAAUUGUGGACAGUGCCUCUUUCAGCCCAAAAUAUUCUGUAUUGACGGCAUAAAUUUGUCCAGAAUCUGGUGAAGAGCUCUUAUUGGUUGAUUUAGUAACAUUUCACUCUGACGGCAGUUGUUUAUGAUUAAGAGACAAAAGACUUAAGGUCACAACAAUCAAUUCUACAAAGUGAUGAAUCUACUAUGAAACACUCCAAAUAUACUGAAAGCAAAUUUUGCUUUUCAAGAACUAUUUCACCUUUGGUGGUGUCAAAUUUGCAGGAUUAUCACAAGAGCCAUACGGCCGCACGUGCAAUUUCCGUGGAAAACCAUAUGACAAAAAAAAAGUCCCGCACGAGGGCCUUACGCAUCAAGUGAUAGAGGCAGAAAAACGCGUACGGCCCUGCUAGAAAAGGGCGUACGAAACGAGGCAAAUGCUGCCAUGAACGCGUUUUCGCUCCGCCAGAAAAAUUCAAAAACACAACGGUCAUAUGAUAAAAUGCUUAUUGACUGAGUUAGGUCGGGUCGGACGUGAAGAUAUUUGGUUCUCAGUGUGGACGCACGGACCUCGUUGCGCUACAGUAGGUCCGUACGUCCAGACCUCGAGCCAAAUAUUUUCCCGUCUGGCCCUCCCACUCAGUCAAUAAGUACAUAUAACUCAAAGAAAAAAACAAACUUGAAAAAUUUUACAUUUAGAAUCUCAUGACUACCAGUUAUUUAUGAAAGUAUUGAUUUAUGUUAGCAGUUAGGAAUUUUUGAGGCCAAAAUGUAGACGUGUAUUCACAAAGUAUUGCUUUUUUUUUCUGGCAUUGCAUUAAAUUACUAUCUUUAUUAAACGCAGCUGAUACUCCAAAAGGAAGAGAGGAUUAUAUUCUGACAACUGAGGAGAUGCAGAUGAAUGAUUACCCUCUCCCUGAAGAUGAUGAUAAUCAUGCUGAUUAUAAAUCGACACAUAAUGAUGGUAUGUAAUAAACAUUAUUAUUCUUUUAAAAUAUUUGUACGUUUCUGUUUGGCUAAAAUCGCACGCAUAUUUAAUCAUAACCAGCUACCGUCGACCAAAUUGGGAAGAAUUUAGCCAUACGUGAAAAAAAAAAACACAAAAUUGCCAUAUUGAACAGUUAACCGAGAAGACCUCUGGACGAGUUUGAGUUGUUUUGGUGAGUGAGUACAAAAUGGUGGAACACUUCAAAAUGACCUCAUCGAAUCACAACAACAUAUUUUAUCCAAAAAAACUGUUCUUUUAGGAACCACCAAAUAGAGGAAAAGUCAAUGACCAAGUUGUAAGCAGCUUUUAUUGUCUCUGAUAAGUGAAUAAGUAAUCAAAAAUAAACAAACUGAAAAUAAUUAUCGUUAUUAUUCAUUCGAAAUAUUUCCCCAAUUCUGAUUGGCCAAAAGCACACGCAUAAUUCACCAUAACCAGUUACUGAUGACCAAAUUUGGAAGAAUUUUGUGUUUAACGAGGAAAUGACGUCAAAAAUGCAGACUUCUACAGGUUAAUGCACCGGUAACCGAGAAGACCUGGGGACGAGGUUGAGUUGUUUUGGUUGUGAACUUGAAAAAUGGCGGACAUUUCACUCGUUUCAAGAGUAAGAACUAGGCGAAAAAACAGCUAAAAACAUGGCAAGAACAGUAAGAAGACAACUCGAAGGGCGACAUCUGCUAUUUGGAGAAUAUUUGCGGAGCUGAACAACCUUAAACGUGCACUAUCGAAGAUGAACUUAACAUCGAUGGAGGUAAGCAUGUUUAGCCAUGUUCUUAAACUAAGAAUUAUUUUAAAUGAAUAAUAAAACAAUUAUUGAACUCGGCUUUCGUAUCAUAUGAAGAAUUAUGGAGAUCUCGGACAGUGUUAUCCGCCUCGGCAUACAGCCUCGAUGGAUAACAUCCUCCUCGAUCUCCAUAAUUCUUCGUAAGAUGCUCAGCCUCAUUCAUUAAUUGUAUAAUUAAUUGAUCAGCACCUGCAAUCAAUUCAAACAGACAGAGAUAAUCGAGAGUGCAACGGUAAUUACCAUGCUUUUUUUGCAGUGUCGGUUUACUGUCGGUCAACUUUCGGUGAGCUGCAGGUAUACUGUCGGCCAACUGUCGGCCGACUGUUGGUUUUCUCUCGGCCGAGCUCUUCUUCACUUUUACCCAACAAUCUUUCUUGACAGAGACGGUCAUUUGCAUUGUCAAACAAUAAAAGAAAAGCAUGGGCUACCAUUUUGUUCCUGAGUGCAAUCAGGCACAGGAAAGCCAUACAUUCGUUUUUUCUGCCAAAUUUGCAGGACCGCAGUUUGUUGAGAACCAAAAAUUUGGCUACCAUGACAACGUGACGUAACGGGUUCUCUUCUCUAUUAAGAAAAUCUCGCACUCGUAGUCUUCCUCGUUUUAGAAUCGAAAGGUCUCUUUACUGCUCUACCCUACAUUAGUCCAAUGCCAGGUUACCGCAGUGGUUUGUCAGUGUUACCCAUCCGUUACACAGAUGAAGAGAAGCCAAGUUUCUCUUUUAUAAGGGGAAGAACGCCAUCGCGUCGCAAAAACUGUGCAAACGGUUACUAAAAACUAUUUGUUUCUAGGUUUCAUUUCAACCAAAGCGUACCAGAAAUCUACCAGCACUUCAAACGAGUCCUCUUCACACGAGUCGCCAAUGUAUGCUGUUGACUGUGAGAUGGUAGGUAGGCUUCUAAAACACUGCAAUAUUUACCAUUUUUGUAAGGUAACAUGUCAAGUCACUCGAAGGUCAUCUCACCCGAAGUCAUGUGGCCCGAACCGCAGAGUUAAAUUAAGUUGGAUUUGCACUUUCCCGUAAUUUUUACGCGCGUAGCCACAUAAAUUUUACCCGCGUAAAUAAAAUAGAGCUAAUAGAGUGAGUGAUUUAGAGUCGCGUUCAAGGCAAACGACAAAAGUGAAUAUGUACCACGUGACCAAGUGUUCCCUUAGCUUGUGCUUUACUGUUCAUUACUUCUUAGUUCUACCCUAAAAUUAGUAGCUUCAGGUUAGCUCGGUCUAUAACAAUUGUUUUGGACUGUCUUAGCUGCACUUAUUCUGUUUUACUAAAUUCUCAACUUGCAUCUGAUGUCUCUAAAUCUCUCUAAUGUAUGAAGUGCCGCGCGCAAACGUAGAAGUUGAGCGAGGUUCAACUUUACAUUUACGCGCGACCUCUCAUACACUAUUCUAUUUACGCACGUAAAAAUAACGCCACAGUGGAAAUCCACCUUUAUACGUAGACACGUAGCCUACGUCACGGUGGCGGCGCUUAAAGGAGGAAGAAAAAGCGGGAAGGUAAAAGCGCGCGAGUGAGAAAAGAAGUUAACCUAUUCCUUCCAUCCUCCCUUCCAUGUCUCCCCCUAAGUGUUUUUGUUUGUUUGCUUGUUUUUAUAGUGUGAAACAGCAGAGGGAUUGGAGCUAACAAGAAUCUCAGUCGUCGAUGAAUCGUUCAAUGUAAUUUACGACACACUUGUUAAACCUACCAGGCCAAUAAUAGACUACAAAACGAAGUAAGUUAUCUCAAGCUCUUCGCAAUUAAUCCAACUCGCUCAAAUUAUAGUUGACCAGUAGCUGAAAUUUAAGGGGCAACUUUUGAAGCCGUAGUGGCUCGGCAAUGGAUAUGAAGAGCAAUGCAAGCCAAGACUUAAGUUUAGAUAUUUAGGGUUCAGCCUUGAAAACAUAUGUGUCUGUAUAUUUAGUGGCUUGUGGAGUGGUUGCCAACCAGGACCUGUUUUGUUGUUUGUUCCAAAGUGGGGCUGUAUUCAGUAGGUUUGUCGAAUAUCAAGAGAGGAUAGCUUUAUCCUCUUAUUUGUUUAGAAAUACUUAUUUAUUUUCAGAAAGACUUUUAAAGUUAUUGGUCCUUUUCACCAGAUUUUAAGUUAUGGGUCCGCAGAGAACAGCUGCCGAGGAAAUAAGGCAGCGUCUGCAACGCAAAAAAAGACAGUUUCUUUUUUUUUUAAUCGUACUAGUAUUUUUUGUGACCUUGCCGGUAUGGGUGCACCUGCUAACAUGUGACAAGUGAUCUGCAGUAAAAGUACAAGUAAACUAAAAUGGAAACAUUUCCGUAAUGUCCUGCGCCCGAAAAAAUCUUCUAUAAUACAUUUCGGCAAACGACAAACUCAGGUUGAGAAUUUCUCAAAAUAAAACAUGAAAAGAUAAAAACAGUGUAAGACAAUUCUUAUGGAUGGAAAAAAACGUUUAAAACUUAAUUUUUUGUAGAAAACGUAAAGAAAAGUUCAAGAAACAGUCACAUGGUACAAAUUCACGUUUGCCGUGCCAUACGCGACUCUAAAUCUCUCUAUUAUCUAUAGAAAAUUACGCAAAAAUAGCAACAACACAAAAUCCAUCAGUCUUACGGGAAAUCCUCUAAGAUCUUCAAGUUAAAGGUAUAGAUACUUACUUGCGUCUCCCCCCUUUUUUUGUGAAGGUUUAGUGGCAUUACAAAGAAGACACUUGAAAAUGUUACUACAACAUUAGAUGAUGUCCAAAAAUGUUUGAUCGAUCUUCUGCCGCAUGAUGCAAUUUUGAUCGGACAUUCUUUGGAAAAUGAUCUGCGAGCCUUGAAGGUGAGUUCGUUUCACAGUUUAGUGUCAACUGUUAAAAAACGUGACCAUUAUUCCACCAAGAAAGGUUUCUCACUUUAUACAUUCGUUUUGGAUUCCUGAAACGCAACUUAUGUAAGAUGUGUCUAAUUUCCCUAGUAAAAAAUACCCUUAUUGAAACCUUCAAUCUUUAAGAUAUUCUUAUUUCAUCUGUCAAGAUAUUCUUUGAUUGUAUACAAAUCAUUGUAUUUCUCUAAUGUUUACCUUAUAUUUAUUUCUUUCCAGCUGCAUCACGGACGUGUGAUUGACACUUCAGUCUUAUAUGACAGUAGUAGUGGUCGUUUAUUUAAAUCUUCACUCAAAUGUCUCACUAAACAGUUUCUGAAGUAAGUGUUCAAUCCCGUGCGUACUUUCCACAUUUUUCCAAAGGCAUCUUAGUAAUUCCCAGUUUGUUUAGUGGCAAUAUUUAUUUGUAAUCUUUGGCCUGCACUUGUGUGUUUCUUGCGAUGCAAUUGAAACUUUUUCUAUGUACAGUAAAAAGAUUCAAAAUGGAUCAGAUGGCCAUUGUUCAAUCGAAGAUGCUAAAGCUUGCAUGGAGUUGGUUCAACUGAAAAUUAGAAAUGGUAAAUUUGUUUACUUUAUCUUCACAAGAGAACAGAUUUCUGACUCCGUGCUGUGUGUUACAAGACUUGAAAAUCCAUCUUUUAGAGCAGGUGCAGUAUUAUACUACGCUAAUUUCCAAAACUAUCAGCAAGAAAACGCGUAACACUUCCUCGCAGCAAUGCAUACUCAUUACCUCACCGCAUAAUAUUAAAUAAUAGGAAUGCAACGAGGAGAAACGAUGAAGUUCUCAACGGCCACCAGGAAGUGGCGUGAGUUUAGAUCGCGAAAACUGACUGUGGUCCCGGAGCACCAUCAUUAAAAAUGACCAUUUUUCAGACGGAGUGGCGAAUCUUAUAGUCAAGGGGCGCAAAGCAUUACAACCGCUGCGAGCAUGCGCGAUCCCGUGAGGAAAUACGCAACAUUAUAAAGAAUUCUUGUGACGAGCUAAUUAAUUAUGCAGUGAGAAUAGUGGCUCGAAUGUGAGUAGUAGAAAUGUAGACGACUAAUGCUUGGGUUACAUCUCGCCUGAUUUGUAGACCUCUGCCUUUCUCCAAGUUUAGUUUUUCAUCAGUUGUCGAGUGGACAUACCGAGUUUGCUUGAGAGGCCCUGAGGGAAGUUACACCUGGCAAAGCCUUUCAUGUUUUCUUAAUUCUACUAUUUUUUCCUUGCCUUGUUAACGUUAUUCCUUGUUUGUUUGUUUUUUAGGUCCAAACUUUGGAAAACCGUCAAUGAAUAAAGAAGGGUAUGCAAACUUAGUUCAAAAUAUUCACGUACAGAUAAUUCCAUCAGUUAUUUGUCAGAAAAAGGAGGCCUGAGCCUCUGUUUUUUAAACACUUUUUUAAAAGACGAUCUUAUUUUUCAUGAGACAAAAAGCAAAUCGUUCUCUCAAGCUUUUUUUUUAGUAUCCUUUUUGAAACGUUUAUUUUUUGAUCCCUUUUUUUAUUCCUUUACUUUUAUUUUUAUUACUUGCCAAGCCCUUCUUUGGAGUAAAACUAUUUUGGAGUUUUUACAAAUAAUAAAUGUAUGAAGAAGGAUUCUUUUGCCAGUCACAGCAGGGGAUGAAGAAUAUUGUCUCUCUCGCCUCAGGCGCCGCUACAGCGCAGAAAAAAAUCGCAUGUAUAAAGGUUGCUUCAAGGGACUAGUAAUUGGUGCAUUGUUUUUUUUUUUAGACAGAUGGUGCGAGUUAAUACAAGAAAUGAUGUUUCUCUUUUUACGUGAUAUUUAUCAACAGGUUAUUUGAGAGGAUCGCUCGCAAAGGAAGGAUAGGUAUAUUAGACAUUUUUCCUAUAAUUUAUAUAUAUAUAUAUUAUUAUUAUUAUUAUUAUUAUUAUUAUUAUUAUUAUUAUUAUUAUUAUUAUUAUUAUUAUUAUUAUUAUUAUUAUUAUUAUUAUUAUUAUUAUUAUUAUUAUACAUUGUACUCACUAAACUGUCUUAUUAAACUGUCUUUUGGUAUUGACGUCUGUUGGUGUUCCAAGAUCCUUUUCUUACCGUUUGUUCUAAUUUUGGUACCACGUAAAAACAAAGUACAAAGAUUACCACAGUUUUUCGUGCGCGCGCAAUGCACGAUUUCCAUGUGCAAUUUCAAACUAUGUUCCUUGGUGCGGUGUGUUUGUCGUUAUUUUCUUCAGUACAAUUCUGAUUAGAUUCAGCUUUUGUCAAAUCCGGUAUAAUCAAGGACUCGGUAAGUGUUGUAAGCCUUUGGCCUCGGUUGACAAAACUUACCUCGAUCUUGAUUAUUCUGAAAAAAAAAACUCAUCCAAUAAUUGUUAACUAUGCUCAACUGAAAUGGAAGUUUUGAUCAUCAUUGUUCACGAUGGAUCAAACAUCUUCAUGCUUAUCUAAACUGAAACUGAAAAUACGUGAAAUUUCUCUUUCGAUGAUUAUCCCUCGAUUCGCUCUGGCGAAGGUGUAGCGCUGGAUACUUCACGUUUACUCUGACGGUGAUCCGUUCACCUUAUAGUUGGCCUGCGUGGCAGACGUUUCCUCGCGAGUUCAUCGAGUUGGAAAGAGAGCUAAAUAGAAUCCACCUCUUUUGCUCUCGGCUGUCACAGUUUUCUUGGUUUGACUGUAACUCAGUUGGUAGACAGCAAAUUACUUCUUCACCGAAGGCCGCACUCUUUAUUUAUUGCUUUUUGGUUGGUUCUUUCUUUGUUGUUUGGCCUUUGUAAUGAAAAAAAAACUAUACAAGCAGAAACUCGUUGGCAGGAAUCUCACACCCAUGGAGCUUAUUUAGUUGUUUUUAACAAGUGUUUAAGUGUUUUUGGAUAUAUAAGCUUGUUGCAUCAAACAAAGCGUUUACGUGGUAGAAGAAUUAAGACUGAUUACUCUCCCAAGAGAAGAUCCCGAGAACUAAUUUUUAAAUCUAUGUUUGUUUGAAUAGCCCAGUGAUUUGAGGCAAACCAACUCAACCGACGUCUCAUAGUGACUGGAGACUGUCGUUGUGAGUCGUGGUGACCAACGAUGACUCAAGAUGAUUGGAGACUAAUCCUAUUAUCAUGAUCUUGUACUAUUCGUAGGAGCCAUGCUUGACUCCCCAGGAGUGUUAAGAAAAUUUUGUAGUGGUGCAAGACACGCCGUUUCAUGUACUUCAGAUGACGAGGUAAUGUCGCUGCCUAAAACCUAACUUGCUUUGGGUUAAUCACGGUGUUUUAAAAGUACCAAACAUAUUUGUCCUUGUAUGCCACCUUUCAUUGGUUGACAACAAAACGGGGAUGAAAUUAAAACACUUUUAGAAAAAACGGACACAUGUUGACUCCCCUUUAAGAGACGUUUCUAAAACGGACACCCCUGUAAGACAGAUACUCUGUAAAAUGGGUCAAAUUAAAACAUACCCCUUCCUUGUUUUAAAACGGACAACUCUAUAAGACAGACACCUCUGUUUAAACGGACACCCCAUAACACAUUAUAAGACAGACACCUUUGACCACCCCUAUAAGACAGACACCUCUGUAAAACGGACACCCCUAUGAGACAGACACCUUUGUAAAACGGACAACUCUAUAAGACAGACACCUCUGUAAAACGGACACCCCCAUAACACAGACACCUCUGUAAAACGGACACCCCUAUAAGACAGACACCUUUGUAAAACGGACACCUAUAAAGAUGGUCCCUGCUUUUCUUGACUCCUUUUAUUUGACUCUCUAUAAGGCGCUGGCCUUAAAGAUGUUCGUCUUAAGAGAGAGUUGACUAUAUAUAUUUUUACAGUCAAUUUCUAAUUAAAAAUUGUUUCUCUACUUUUUUGGGGAUCACGCAUGAACUCAGUCGGCUGUUUUAACUCGCCUUUUUCGGGGAAAAGAAGACCGGUCUGUAAAGCGGUUUCACCUGAAGUCUCGUCAGCAAUAUUGGUGUACCAAAACUUUAAAACAGCUGCCAUGUUGGGGACUCAAACCAGUCCUCCAGUGGGAGUUGAACCUUUGUCUUGUGUAAAACCCUUCUUUAAUUUGUUCCGAUAAAUUUGCAAAGCUGCUUACCACGUGAAUGCAAAUGCUCUACAGCAGUCAACUCCCGGUAACUCGAACCUUAUGGGGAAUUCGAAAAAAGUUCCAGUUAUCGAGAGUUCGAGUCAUCGAGAGGUUGAAACAAAAAAAGGAGAAUAAGGAAAUAAGCAAACGGGAUGGAGAAGGCCGGUGUAACCAGCUGAAACGUCGAUUUACAUUCAUUUUAUCUACUUUGUUUUGUUUUGUUUUGUUUUAGUUUUAUUAGAAGGAAGUUGUCCUUACCUCCGGAAUUUUUGAAACUUUCUCGUUUGGUGAAAAAUAAAAGUGGGUCUGAGUUUUAGCCACAGGGGGCUCCCACAUCCGAUCAGAUUAUAAUACCGUAUUUCCUCGAAUGAGCAUCCUCCCCCAAAUUAGCGCUCACCCCCUAGGCCAAAAUAUCAAAUAAGCGCCUCCUCGAAUAAGCUCCCCCUUUCCCUCGAUUAAGCGCUCUCCUUUUUAAAAACUCCCAUCCUUUUUGCCGAAAUCUUCAAUAAGCGCCCGAGCGCUUAUUCGAAGAAAAACGUUGUUAGAAUAUUGAUCACUUACUUUAAUAUCGAUGGGAGAAAUUUGUUUGCUUUGGCGGCCAUUUUGAACUUUGCGGUCCGCUGGUGCGAGAUCUGAAACCAAGAAAUCUUCGGAGCCGCUCGUAUCUCUUAUCAUAAGUCACUUCAUAUUACUCGGCAAGCGAUCGGAUCCUCCGAGAGCUUUCCGACUGUCCCAGACCCCCGAUAUUUCUUGGCUCCAGAUCUCGUACCAUCUGACCAAAAAAUUCGAAAUGGCCCCCAAAGAAAACAAAAUCCACGCAUCGAUGAAGUAAGCAAUCUUUAUCUAAUUGUUUUAACCCGAUCGAAUGUGAAAGCCCCUAUGUGUUAGCACCUGUAGACGCUUAUUAGGCCACCAAUGACCAUUGUCCUUAUUUCUAGGCGGUGUCCCAGGCGGUGGAGCUAGUCAAAACCGCAGAUCUACUGUGGGCUCAUUUACAUCAACCUGAAAUAUUCCUCAAAGGUCAGCAGCAUUAUAAUUGCAGACGGAACCUUUAUUACGUUCUUUAAAACGUAUCAGACUGAUGCAUACAUUUUAUUGAGACAAGAAACUAUUUUGUCUCUUAUUUUCGCAGGGGAAACGUGUAGCGAUAAGGGAGAAGAAGAUCAAAGAUGGAAGGUAACUUAUUGAAAUAAGUCCUUGUUUAGUUUUAUAGGCUAGGGGAAAAGAAAUAUCUUUAUAAAAAUGAGUGGACUGCUUGUCAAAAAGUGUUAAAGGAUUUUUUUGAUGGGGGGAGGUGGUGGGAGAUAGUUUCCAGGUUAUUUUAUUUUUUUUGAAAUAUCGGCUCCAAGUGACGGCAGUGUUUUUAACAAUUUUGUGUCUCCUUGUAGAGCUGUAUUCGUAGGCUAAUAUAGGAUAUGCAGUUUGGAAACAUUUACUUCAAACAGUUGUUACAACUUUGGUCCCGAUUGUUCUGAGGUUCCUGACUUAAGCAAAGCACCUUGGUCGUCACAUUUGUAAAGUUGUUUUCUUUUUGUCAACAGGAAGUGCUAAAGUCGGUAGACUCUAAAAUCCUACAAAUUCACCAGGCCCUACCGAAGGACACGUUUUUUGUGAUGUUUGGUUGCGGGGAUUUAUCUCUCGUCACAAGGCAAGUUGUUAUUUUAUGCAGUUGUAGAUAUCGUAAAUCAUGGAAUCUUGAGCCAGUCAGUUAUUACAAUGUUUAGACGCCGUUUAAGUUGUUUGGUCGCGCGAUAAUUCUGCUACAAGUUUAAUUGUUUGAUAGGCAUUGGUCAGUUACUAAGUCCAGGAGUGUUUCACUAAUUUUCCACAAAAAUCACCUUUCUUAAACCCUGAGGGUUACUGGAUAGCAGCAAGGUAACGAUAAGGAUUUUUAUUUUACGUCGGAAAUGAACUCGUAAUAUUGCACAUUUGACAGACAAAGAUAAGGCCGACGGUGCGCUCGUUUUACCUCCUUCUCUCCAUCAGUUCUCCUUUUUACUGGUGUUAAAAGCUACUUUUAAAAAGCUACAAGGAAAAGAGUAAAAAGCGAAACGAGGAUUGAGGUCCCAUCUGAAAAUCGAACUCGAAAUCUUCCGCACAGAAGGCCGCGCACGUUUGCUCCAUUAACUAACAACCUACCCGUGGCUUAUAGGGCUUCAUCUAACCUGCGUGCGCGACAGGCGCUUGGAAGUAAUAUAAUAAGCGCAAUGGACGGGGUGCGCCUCGUUCUAUCUAGCACAUAAUUCCACGCAGGCUAUCUCGAGGGAGGAACGUGUCACGAAGGCCUUAAAACAUUCACGUUGCGGACGAAAAACUGUUAUCAUCGUAUAAAUCUUUAAUGUUGGUAUCUCUUUUUUUAGACUUCAGAAGGAUCGGAAGUCAAAUAAAGCAGAAUUAAAGAAAGCUGUGAAGAUUGCAAAGAAGGGCUUGUGUUUUAUUAAGAUCACGUGAUAGUUUCAACUUGACGUAAUCAUUUGACAGGAAAGAAACAAAAGUCGACUCGGCAACAAUCACUUCAAGUCCGUGGAGGUUUUGAAAGACAUGGGUCAAGGUUGAAGUUUCUCGUUUUUUUCCACUGAUCUUUUUGCUCAAACCAUUUUUAAAACUCAAAAGUUCAAAAUGAAAUUUUUUCUAAACUAUUCAUUCGUAGAAUUUUAAAGAGGAGCACUGAGGUUUUCUUUAGAUAAGUUUAGCCAAAGUCGUCGUUGAGAUAUAUUCAGCGUUAAAUUUAAUAAAACUUGUACAAGUUUAAUUUACAAGUGUAGCUAUUGCUUUGGAGUCUGGAAAUAAAACGAACACUUGUAAAUUACACUUAUAAAUGUUUACUGAUUAAAUGAUGCAGGAUUGAAUCCUUGGGAGAUGCAAGAUUUUUGUAAUAGCCGUCACAUAGCGUCCUUAUGAGUACCAGUUCACCAAAAUGGAUACUGAGAUUUUGGCAAUUAAGAAUUGCAGCAAAUUAUAUCUAAAUGAAAAAGGCAAGAUCUCAAAGAUCAAAAUGACAACAGCCCAGCCAUGUAUGAAGUGCUUAUUGAGACUAUACCUGCGUACAUUCUUGGACAUAAGUGACGUACUUUGCCUAGCAACGUUCCCGUGACCACCCCCAAUGUUUGCUCUUUUUCUGCGGGGUAGGCGCGCGCGAAAUAUGGGUGCGCGUCAAGUGAUGCGCGAGGGAGAUGAGAACGCGAAGAGAGAGGUAGCGUUCUUUCUCCUCGCACGAGGAUAGCGCUGCCGUUCAUAUUUGCCUCUAUAUUUCACAUGCGCCUGUUACGAAGGCUAAAGAAACACUUUAUACGCAGACACAGAGGGGAAGCACCGGAUGGUUAUUAAAUAAACAGGCACCAUUUUGUGUCGCGUUCAAAUUAAAUCAAUCAUUUAUUUUUACACAUUGCCUCCGGUACGAACGUGAAUAAAGAAAACUUCUGAUAUUUUCAUUUUUUAUCUAUACAUCGAAAGGUUAUGUUAAUUCAAGAAAUUUAUUUACAUCGCUCUCAAGACGGAUGUGGGGGGGGG